AUGGGUGUUGACACUGCAGCCGACCCACCCGUUCGACGUCCGCCACCACCUCUGCCGAACAGGCGUGCUGAACCAGCCGGCGACGACCUGUGGGGAAAGUGCAACAAAAAGGGGUGCACACUCUCAUCUGCAAUGCAAGCCAACGAUGCAGGUGCAGGAUCUGUGUAUAGUCCGAAGCGAGACACUGCCAGGAGUCCAUUCCGCGGUACUGAUGACCUCCGGCGAUGGAACUGGAAUCUUUCCCCUCCAGAGAAAAUUGACGAAUCAUUUCACGACUUCUACCGCACAUGGGGCAUUGGAGAGGCCCUCACUGGCCUUGGGGUCUCGGAGUAUUCAGAUGUCUUCGACGGUGGGGAGCACCGGGUCAUCUCCAUCGACCACCGGGAGUACGGUCUGUUGGGGGAAAGUGUAGACGAGCAAUCAUACGAUGUCGAUGGGAAGAGCUACCGAGCAACCGGUGCUUCCUACGCCUUCUCCAUUGAUGUCAAGGACGGUGUCAUCAUGAGUUUGAACCGGGUAUCGCCACGCUACGCUUCAAGGGAUCGCAAGCCGCCCGUGCCCAGCGAUCAGUGGCCGGCGCUGAGGCAGUUCUCAGACAUUGCGUGGAUAGGCUGGGACUCGAUGACCGAGGGUGACGAGAUCAAGGGUCUUCGGUAUCUUCUCUCGGUGGGCAUCGUCAACACUGAGACUAAGCAAGUGACUCGUCGUGCCUUGGAUGCUAAAGGCUGGGUGCUGAGUCCAUGGCCUGGCCACACAUUUGAGCGAAACUGGCCCGAGACCAAGGCACUGGUAGGCACUCCUAAUCUCCUAGGCUUUGCAUACUUCCUCACAGAGCACAAGGAUGUCUUGGGCAACAUGUUCGUCGACAAGGUGCAGGUGUUCCAAUCUGACACAACAUCUCGCAAUCCGUCCAUUGUCAUGCAUCUGUUGCAGCCAAGAGCUCGAAGAAAAAUUCAGCAGCGUGACGGCAACAAGAUGAUCGCUGUUGAGGUGGUGGAGGUGAUGGAGCUGCACCCUCUGUGGGCCAAGCUGUGA